AUGUGUGCAGCAGGCUGCCAGACAUUGUUGCGGGUGGGCACCAGUGUGGUGAAAUGGAGAUCUGCAAACACCACCAGCACCAGCCAGACAAUUGCCUGCUGCUGGUUCCCAGAUGAAUGCCCGUCCAGCUGCUGGUUCCCAGAUGAAUGCCCGUCCAGCUGCUGGUUCCCAUAUGAAUGCCCGUCCAGCUGCUGGUACCCAGUUGAAUGCCUGUCCAGCUGCUGGUUCCCAGUUGAUUGCCUGUCCAGCUGCUGGUUCCCAGUUGAAUGCCCGUCCAGCUGCUGGUUCCAAGAUGAAUGCCCCUCCAGCUGCUGGUUCCCAGUUGAAUGCCCGUCCAGUUGCUGGUUUCAAGAUGAAUGCCCCUCCAGCUGCUGGUUCCCAGAUGAAUGCCCGUCCAGCUGA